UUUUUAAAAAAUAUAUAUAUUUUUGUCUUUCAAGUCGCUCGAGCAAGUGAGGAGACUGCUGCCAAGAUCAAGUCGGUGCACGCAGGGAAACGGUAUUGUCUGUGAAGGUCCACUGCAAAACCACCAUGGUCCUCUUGUGGUUCUCCAGACUCAUCCUGAUCAUACUGGCCCUCAUCCCUCAUCCGUCUCUGGGAUGCCCCUCCGGCUGUCGUUGCUACAGCCUCACAGUGGAGUGCGGAUCUCUUGGGAUCAAAGAAAUCCCACAGGACGUCCCUUCUGUCACCGAGACAAUCUUCCUCCAGGACAACGCUAUAGUGCAGAUCCGUCUUCAGGACCUGACUCGUCUGGGCAGCCUCCAUUACCUGUACCUCCAGAACAACAGCAUCUCAGCCCUGGAGCCUGGGGCAUUUCUCAGUCAGGGGCAGCUGCUGGAGCUUGCCCUCAAUGGCAACCUCAUCCACCUGGUUACCCCUGACAUGUUUCGGGGUCUGGAGCACCUCCGGAUCCUCUACCUCGCCAGCAACCAGAUCACUCGAGUCCAGGACCACACCUUCAGGGGACUGCAGCGUCUGCAGGAACUCCACUUGCAGGAAAACAGCAUAGAGCUGCUAGCAGAGCAAGCCCUGUCUGGCUUGUCAUCCCUGGCCCUGCUGGACCUCAGCAGAAAUCACCUCCGCACCCUGGGAGCCUCGUCCCUCAAACCUCUUGUCAGCCUGCAGGUGCUGCGAGUCACGGAGAACCCGUGGCGCUGUGAUUGCGCGCUAGGCUGGCUGAGAACCUGGAUCAGCAAAGACGGUCAGCGUCUGUUGAGCUCGGCUGAACAGCGUCAGCUGAUGUGCUCAGAACCGCCUCGCCUCUCCCACCUCAGCCUGGUGGAGGUGGCCCCAAACAGCCUGGUCUGCAUUCCCCCUGUGGUUCAGCUAGAGCCCAGUCACCUCACUGUGCGACUCGGGGAGAGCCUCAGAGUCUCCUGCCAGGCCUCGGGAUACCCCCAGCCUCAGGUGACCUGGAAGAAAGCCUCCCACGGCAAGGCCCAGCUAUCACCUCGAGGCCUGGUUCAAGAGCUAGGACCCAACGGUGAGCUUUUCAGGUCUGGGACUGGAGGAGUGGUAACAGCCCUGCCCAGCAGUGGAGGGAUCAAGGUGGGGGGUGUUGGUGGGAUCCACGGGCUUGUGCGUGGAACUGAGGAGGGUGGCGAGAGGGACAGCUUUGACCCGGACAUGGGCAGCGGCAUGUUGUUUCUCAGCAAUGUGACAGUAGCGCAUGCUGGACGGUACGAGUGCGAGGCCUGGAACCCUGGUGGUGUAGCCAGAGUUACCUUUCACCUGGCUGUCAACAUGUCCUCUUCUUCAUAUUCCUCCCAGUUCUGGCCUCGUUUGAACACACACUCCUUCGUUUCGUCUUCAUCUAAUUCCUUCUAUCAGCCAGAGGUUCUGGAUGUGAGCCAGGAGCCACUGUAUGAGCAGGACAGCAUGGAUUUCAGCGCUCUGGGCCCUGCGACACAAACUGCCAUUGCGGUCGGCAUCUCCUUGCUGGCACUCACUGCCGUUCUCCUCCUGAUUAUGAUCUACACUCGUCACCAGCAGUACCGGAAAGAGGAAGGAGGCUCCUACUGUACCAGCAAGGAAGAGAGCAUCCUUUAUGUGAACGACUACUCUGAUGGACCCACCACUUUUGCUCAGCUCGAGGAAUACCGCGAUGACCAUGGCCACGAGAUGUACGUCCUCAACCGAUCCAAGCCUGUCCUGGGGUCCACUUCAUCCAGGUGUCCCAUGAUAAGUGGCUUUGUCCAGCAGAAGGGAAUGAAGGAGGCUCUCCUGGACCAUGAAAUGGUGCAGACACUGACCAGGUCAGGGGGAAUCGGGCUUCGCAGAAACCCAGCAGACGGAGGAGAGGGACCCCUAACAACAGACCCAGAGGAGCUCUUCCUCAGUCAGAGUCUCCUCUUCGGAUCACAGGUUGCCUAUGAGAUCCAUUGCUAA